GCGUGGAUCGCCCUCUAGAGAAGUCGAUACGGACGGUACGGCAUCAAAAUUGAGUCACCUAGUAUGGUUUCUACCCGUGGCCACAACACGAAGUACAAAUUCACCGAUGGCGAGAAGGUGCUCUGCUAUGAGCCGGAUCCUACCAAAGCGAAAGUGCUGUACGACUCGAAGGUACUGGAAGUAUCGGAGGGUAAAGACAAGCGUGGCCGGCGUAUCGUGGAAUACCUGAUACACUUUCAGGGUUGGAACUCGUCCUGGGAUCGGAAGGUCAGUGAGGAUUUCAUCCUAAAAGACACCGAAGAAAACCGCCAGUUACAGAAGGAUCUGGCUGAAAAAUCGCAACUAUACCAAGGAGGUUACUUGUAUCGCAAGGAACGGAAAAAACAACGGGCGAAAAGUUUAACCGACAGAAUCGAAAGUUUGACCAACGCCAAGGCACAACCGCACACGCAUGCCUCGUCCGAAGAGGGCAGUUCGUGUAGCAACGGGUUCAGCAGGGACGACAACGAAUCUAAUAUCGACGAUAUGGAUGAAUAUUACAGCAGCUCGGUGGAAAGUUCACACGAGGAGGAAAAAGUGUACCUGCAGGCUGGCGGAAAGUUCCGCAAAUAUCUCGAUUACGACCAGCAUUUGAUAAUGGCCGAGAGCAUGCUGGUGGAAUUACCCGCAAAGUUGCCCGUGGUGACGAUAUUGGAAGAUUUCGUCCGCUACUACACCAUCCGGCAGCUGUUCGAGUGUGGACACCAGGAGCAAACGAAAUCUCGUCGCCGCAACAGUUCCGCACUGCGAAGUGAACAUAAGGUACGCGACUACGAGCAGAUUCGUACGAACGUCGACCUCUGCAAGGAGGUGGCCGAUGGGUUGCGCGUGUAUUUCGAUUUUACGCUCCAGGACUACCUCUUAUACCCGCAAGAGAAACCGCAGGCCCUGGUAGCACUAUCGGAGGAAAGUCUGUGUAACUUCACGUACAUUGCCUCCCAAAACCUGUCGCUUGACAUGCUGACCGUGCGCCUUGAAUCACCCACGACGGACGUCCAGCCCAUCAGCGAACAUUCCGAUUCGUCGGCGUUGGCCAGCACGUCUGCCGAAGAACGCAGGCGACGCCGGUUACGUUCGCACAAAAACGAAGAGAACGAGUUUGUGCUGGAUUUCGCUGCCUUGCAGCAACAAAGCGCCGCACAGGGGCACAGUCAACAGUCCGUUGCAACGGAAAGGGCCGGAAAUGUUUCGCCCUUCGGUUCGAGUCUGAACAUUCUACGCUCCAUCAUUCCCCAGAACGUGAUUAUUUCACGGGAAGCCAAAGAGGUGUUGGACGAGGUGUUCCGUUGGCGCAUCCUUCCCUCGAAUGCACCGCCGGAACCAUCCAUGAUCUACGGCGCCAUCCAUCUGGCGCGCUUGAUCGUGAAGCUUCCGGAAUUUCUGUCUGCGACGCAGAUGACCGACGAAAAGUUGAAGCUGCUACUCAGGUUCCUGGACACGUUUGCGGAAUUCAUUGAGGAGCACGAGGAAUGGUUUGGAAAGCAGUUUUACUUUAGCUUAAGAGACGGUGACUCCAUCGCUUGAUGACCAGUGUGUUUGCCCAGAGUAACAUUAAUGCGGAGCCCAUUCAUACGUUUGUUACAGACGAAUGAGGGAAGGAAUAUUUUGUACUGCUUGUGAAUCGAAUAAAU